CUCUUCAUCUUUGAAACCUCCUACUGUACCGCUGGCUUUCAACAUUUUGUUUAUGGGUACGACGACAUAGCCAUUCGAAAGAGAGCUGAAGGACCGCUGGCCCUCGAACUCUCAUUUCCUCCUUUGCAUAAACCAACAUAAAGAAGAUGUCUGACGCUCUUUGUAUUGUGGGUUCGUUGUUUGGAUCUACAGAAGGACAGCAAGACUGUGGUUCCUGUUACCUGAUAAAUAUGGGCUCUGUCAUGGGCAUUAUCGCCUCGGAUAUCCUCUUGACCAUCUUGAUCAUCAUUUCUGUGUUCUGCUUCGCAACUCAUCACAAGAGAAGGAGGGAAUGGGAUUCUCGUGAUGGAAAAAGAAAUCUGCCAUCAUCAGUAUCAAAGAAAAUAGCAACAGAAGUCACAGAAUCUCCAUACCAGGAGUUACAUGGAGUCCAAUCAGAUGUGUACUGUGAUCUUCAGCACUUUAGGAAAUGAAACAAUGGAACUAUAAAAAUCCCAGCAACGCCUCGUCUACAAGCUAUAACUAGAUAACAACACACACUCUUCUACGCACUUCUUGAUCUGCCACUCAUAAUCCCGCAGCAUUAUAGGUAAUAACAUACAUUAUAUAUGUAUUUUUGCAUGAUUUAUUAAAUACUGUGUUGUGCUGAAUGUGAUGCUCACUGCAUCAAAUUAUUGUUUUUUUGUAAAUCUUAAGCUGUUAUUAAAUAUGUAUUUCUAUUUAACUGAUAAUAAAUUAUACUACAUUUUAAAAACAAGGAAAUGAAAAAGAUGCAUUCUUUACAUUUUCUUUCUUUUUGUAUUUAUAUGUUACG